CAGUUUACGUAAACAUCCGUCCGCUGUAGUUGAAAGGAGCUUUGUUUUGAAAACGCAGCCGCAUCGUAAUGGCAAAUGAGACGGACUGCGGUGUCUCUUCCCGGGCGGAGAGAAAAGCUUUAGAAAAGGCCAAGAUACUGCAAAGAGAAAACGAGAGGGAGAUCAUUAGGCUGGUUGGACGGAUCCUGAAAAAACCCGAGUCUGAGAGGUCCGAGGAGGAGGUUUCCGUGCUUUUGCUGCACAGAGACACGGCGGAGGAGCUCUGCAAGAGGAAGUUCCGCAGAAAUGAACUCAAGAGGAAGCAAGAGGAGGUGUUUGACACUGCUGAUGACCUGAAGAGUAAAGUGUGGCAGCUGGCUGUGGCAGUCAAACAAGCAAAACACUUGGUGGUUUACACUGGAGCUGGAAUAAGUACAGCAGCGUCCAUCCCUGACUACCGAGGGCCCAAUGGUGUUUGGACACAACUGCAGAAGGGCCACGCAGUCAGCUCAUCUGACCUGAGCAAAGCGGAACCGACGCUCACACACACGUGCAUUGGGAUGCUUUAUAAGGAAAUGCUGGUCAAGCAUGUCGUGUCUCAAAACUGUGAUGGACUUCAUCUACGUAGUGGUCUUCCCAGACACGCCUUGUCUGAACUUCAUGGAAACAUGUUCAUUGAGGUGUGUACGUCUUGUUCUCCAGUCAGGGAAUAUGUGCGUUUGUUCGAUGUGACAGAGCGCACAUCCCUCCAUCGGCAUGGCACGGGCCGCAGGUGCUGCCACUGCGGCAGUGAACUCAGGGACACAAUAGUGCACUUUGGGGAACGAGGAACCCUGGAGCAACCUCUAAACUGGAAGGGAGCUGCGGAGGCAGCCAAGGCGGCUGACGUUAUCCUCUGCUUAGGUUCCAGUCUGAAGGUGCUGAAGAAAUAUGCUUGUCUGUGGUGCAUGAACAGACCAGCAAGCAAAAGACCCAAACUGUACAUCAUUAACCUCCAGUGGACACCAAAAGAUGACUUCGCUGUACUAAAAAUCAAUGCCAAGUGUGAUGAUGUCAUGAGUCUUCUCAUGGAAGAGCUUAAUAUCCAGAUUCCUGUUUAUGACAGGGCAGAAGACCCUAUCUUCAGCCUUGCCGCACCUCUGCAGCCUGAGGAUGAGAACAGCCACACCCGUGUCGUCAUAGCUCCCCACGCUGGUCCCGGUGACUCCUUUUGUGAUCCUGACAACGCUGCAAAAGCCACGGUGGUGCAGGGUGGGUGGUUUGGAAGAGGCUAUGGCAAAGGAAGGAAGAAGAAAAAAGCAGCCUAGAGGCGAAUUAUGGACAAGAACAUUGCAGAGUACCACUGAUGACUCAACUGGAUUCAUCGAUCCGUGUACAAGGUCUUAUUGAGGUGCUAGGGGUCUUUUUCCUUCAUUAAUGAUUGAUAAUGUGUGCGAUGGAAUAUUUGAGGAUUUUGAGUCUGAAUGUAUAAUUGCAUUGACAUAGCAUCUGUUAUUUAUUUAUGAAACAAAACAAUGUUUUACGUUUAGUGAGCACAGAGUUACUUUUUUGUCACCUCUGGAUCAAAGAAUGGGGUAACUCUUAAUGUGUCAAAGCUGCUUCCAGCAUGUUUACACAGCAGGUUGGUAACGUUUUGGUGCCCCAGUGGGGGCCAUAAACUGCUUUGUUCAAAAUAUUAUUGGGACUUUGUUGCACAAUAUCGUAUUAUUGCCGCGAUCAGUGGGUGUUUAUAUGUGGUUGUUUGUAUGUACUUGCAUGCAACCGUUCUGCAAACGUUUAAGUCAAUGACUCAGUGAAAAGUGUACUUUUACCUGAAAUUGAAUUAUUGAAUAUUAGUAUGUCGUGAAAUGAUAAUGGCUUCAUUACAGUAAGCAUAAUUCAUACACAUUAGCAGUCAUAGUGGUUCUUAGGCAUGUUGUUUCCAAGUGGUAAAUUACUGCAACAGGUUUUGGCAGCUAGUCCAAUGACAGUUUUCCACAAUUGUAUUAUGUAAAUUCCAUUUUUUUCCCCCUGCAUCGAUGAAUGUACCAACUUCCAUUUAACUUUAUGCUGAUGUACCUGAUGUCAAUUGAUUUGUUUACUUAUCGCCUGACCUCACAGACCUACCUUACUUAAGUUCUGGGUCUGUACUGUUUACAAUCUUUUUCUAAUGUAAAUCACAGUAAGAGUAAGGCAGAGCUAUGUUUUGUUUUGUUUUGUUGAUUCUUAUGAUAAUUACGGUUUACAGAGUUGAGGUUGAAGUACAUUAUGCCCAUUUAUUUGUCUCAGGAAGUUUACGUGGGACCAAAGUAACCAUAUCAAGUGAUGGACCACAGUUACAAACACUCGUGCCAGAGUUACAUAUGAAGAUGAAUAAGUUCCUUCUCUAUUUUGCAAAAAAAAAAAAAAGACUGGAAAUGUGCUUCGUGUGAGUCAAUAAACCAUGCUUUAUUUUGA